AUGACAGGAAGGAACCAAACUGUCAUCUCUGAGUUCCUCCUCCUGGGCCUACCUAUCAAACCAGAGCAGCAAAACCUAUUCUAUGCCCUGUUCCUGGCCAUGUAUCUUACUACUGUCCUGGGGAACCUACUCAUCAUAGUCCUCAUUCGACUGGACCCCCACCUUCACACACCUAUGUAUUUAUUUCUCAGCAACUUGUCCUUCUCUGACCUUUGCUUUUCCUCUGUCACAAUGCCCAAAUUGCUACAGAUCAUGCAGAGACAAGACCCUUCUAUUCCCUAUGCAGGCUGCCUGACUCAGAUGUACUUCUUCCUGUUUUUUGCAGACCUGGAGAGCUUUCUUCUUGUGGCCAUGGCCUAUGACCGCUAUGUGGCCAUCUGUUUCCCCCUGCACUAUAGCAUCAUCAUGAGCCCCCAGGUCUGUCGCUCCCUGGUGGCACUGUCCUGGGUGCUGACCGCAUUCCAUGCCAUGUUGCAUACCCUACUCAUGGCCAGAUUGUGUUUUUGUGGGGACAUUGUGAUCCCUCACUUUUUCUGUGAUAUGUCUGCUUUGUUGAAGUUGGCCUGUUCUGACACUCAAGUUAAUGAAUUGGUGAUAUUCAUCAUGGGAGGCCUCAUUCUCGUCAUCCCAUUUGUUCUGAUCAUUGUGUCCUAUACACGAAUCGUAUCGUCCAUCCUUAAGGUCCCUUCUGGUAGGGGUAUCCGCAAGGCCUUCUCUACCUGUGGCUCCCACCUCUCUGUGGUGUCACUGUUCUAUGGAACUGUUAUUGGUCUGUACUUAUGCCCAUCAGCUAAUAAUUCUACUCUGAAGGAGAUUGUCAUGGCUAUGAUGUACACUGUGGUGACCCCCAUGCUGAACCCCUUCAUCUACAGCCUGAGGAACAGAGACAUGAAGGGAGCCCUGGGAAGAGUCAUUUGUAAAUGGAAAAUUCUCUUAUCUCUAUGAUGGUGACAUUUGAAAUCAUUAUAUAAUUUUGUCCAGAAGAUAUAUU